CUAACGCUGACGUCGACUUCUGCAGCAAAAUGGCGUCGUUGACAGGAGUCGUGCAGACGAGCCGGCCCUGUUCUUUAUCAUCGUGCAAAAAACGGACCGGAACGAUGACCCAAAGGAGGUUCAGGCUUUUGGACAACAAUGUCCUUUUAUUCCUUUCGUUAGCUUCCAUGUUGCAUUGCGCCUUGGCUGACGGGAAAACGUUGGUCCUGCUGGACAACCUGAACAUCAGAGACACCCAUUCAAUCUUCUUCCGCAGUCUAGCAGAUCGUGGCUUUGACAUCUCAUUCAAGACUGCUGAUGAUCCCUCCCUAUCUCUGAUCAAAUACGGCCAGUUCCUGUACGACCAUUUAAUCAUCUUCGCACCAUCAGUUGAGGACUUUGGAGGAAAUAUUAAUGUGGAGACUAUUACAUCCUUCAUUGAUGGCGGAGGCAAUGUCCUGGUUGCUGCAAGUUCAGAUAUUGGUGACCCUCUGAGGGAGCUGGGUAGUGAGUGUGGCAUAGAGUUUGAUGAGGAAAAGACUGCUGUCAUUGACCAUCACAACUAUGAUGUGUCUGACCCUGGAGAGCACACCAUGAUUGUUGCUGAUCCAGAGAACCUGCUGAAAGCUCCAACUAUUGUCGGCAAACCCACCAAUAAACCUGUUUUGUUCAAGGGUGUUGGCAUGGUGGCAGACCCAGAGAACCCUCUUGUUCUGGACAUCCUUACCGGUUCUUCCACUUCCUACUCCUUUUUCCCAGACAGACCCAUCUCUCAGUACCCCCAUGCUGUUGGCAAAAACACCCUACUGAUCGCCGGCCUUCAGGCCAGAAACAACGCCAGAGUAGUUUUCAGCGGCUCCCUGGACUUCUUCAGCGAUGCCUUCUUUAACUCCGCUGUGCAGAAGGCCACGCCUGGCUCCCAGAGGCACGAGCAGACGGGGAACAUGGAGCUGGCUGAGGCUCUGUCUCGCUGGGUGUUCAAAGAGGCUGGAGUCCUCAGGGUGGGAGCUGUUACCCACCAUCCUGUCGGAGAGACCACUCCCCCUGCAGCAUACACGAUCACCGACCUUGUGGAGUACAGCAUCGUCAUUGAGAUGUUGUCCGAGGGCCGCUGGGUUCCCUUCGAUGGAGAUGAUAUUCAGCUUGAGUUUGUGAGGAUCGAUCCAUUCGUCAGGACAUAUCUCAAGAAAAAUGGAGGUAAAUACAGCAUCCAGUUCAAGCUGCCUGAUGUGUACGGGGUCUUCCAGUUUAAAGUGGAUUACAACCGACUGGGAUACACACAUCUCUACUCCUCCACUCAGGUGUCCGUGCGUCCCCUGCAGCACACUCAGUAUGAGCGUUUCAUCCCCUCAGCCUACCCAUACUAUGCCAGCGUCUUCUCCAUGAUGGCAGGACUCUUCGUCUUCAGCAUAGUCUUCCUGCACAUGAAAGAGAAGGAGAAGUCAGACUAAUAAAGAGAAACAACGGGGGACGGGAUAACAAGAUUACAGAAUUGAACUUGCGGUGUGAAGAGCUGAAAUUGAAUGUCUUGAAUCUUCACACAGGGACUUGGACUGCAGUCCUCUGUAAAAAUACAGUAUCUGUUUGGUUAUUGGGGUACUCAACUAACAUGGGUCUGGAGGACAGAAUGGGGUACUGACUGUAACGCUAUGGAUAGGGGUUUUUUUUGUUUUGUUUUUUGUACUCUGAAAUCACUCAAAGGCCUGUUAAUGACCUGAAGUCAGUCAGCGUUUGUAUAAAGUUGCUUUACUUUUCAUAAAAGUAUCUCCUAAGUAAAGCACUCGCCUUGAAAGAAAUCCAUAUGAAAAUUUGACCCACAUUUUCUCAACCAGGAAAGGUUAUUGUGAUAACUACAUGCACUGAAUAUGCCAACUGUUCAUAUGUAUUUGGUAAGACCUUAAUGUGUUUCCAAAAAAGUUGGAGUCAUCUUAACAACAAAAUAAAAUAUUGACAUUCCAA